AUGCCUCCUUCGGCCCAAGACACACCAAUUGGCAAUGGAGCCGCUUCUCCUGUGUCAAUGAGCACACUCCCACAAGCAGGUCACCAAUGGCAAAUAUCACUCCAAGGAAAAGUAAUCACAAUCACAGGAGCAAACCAAGGCAUCGGGCUCGGCCUCGCAGAAGUUUGCCUAGCCAACGCCGCCGCGAAAGUAUACUCUCUCGAUAUCAGCAGCCCGGGACCUGAAUUCGCCGCCAUGCAAAAACAGUACCCAGAUAAAUUGGCCUACCUACACACAGACGUAACGAGCGAAGAGAGCGUCGCGAAGGCGCUCGAUGCCGUUGUGGAGGCAGAAGGCCGUUUCGACGGCAUGAUUGUAAAUGCGGGCAUGACGCGCCACCAGCCGGCGCUCGACUUCACCAUGGCGCAGGUAGAGCAGCUGUUCAAGCUAAAUGUGUUUGGAGCGUGGAACUGCGCGACCGCAGCUGCGAAGACGUUUAUCAGGUUGAAGACAAAGGGAGCUAUUGUUUUUACUGCGAGUAUGACGAGUUAUAGACCGAAUAGGGCUGCGCCAUCUGCGCCCUACGGUGCGACGAAGGCUGCGGUGAGGAAUAUGACACAUACUCUGGCUAUGGAAUGGGCGGAGCACGGGAUCAGAGUCAAUAGUAUAUCGCCUGGCUUCGUCAAGACUGCGUUGACAUACUAUGUUGAGAAGUCGCCGGAUUGGGAUACGAAGAUGAAGUAUUAUGGAGGCAUGCCAAGACUUGCAUUACCUCAAGAGUUAGGUGGUGCCUAUGUUUAUCUUCUUUCAGAUACCGCUACAUAUACAACGGGUAUUGAUAUUCCUAUUGCGGGAAUUGUAGGCGCAUGGUAG